CAUUCGUCUUCUCAUUCUCACUCUCUCACUCAAACAGAUUCUUUCUCUCUCUUUUCACAACAAAGGGUUGGGUUGGGUCCUGCAUUAUCGGAGCAAAUCGCCGGAAAUUCUCCGUCCACGGGAACGAAAAUGGCGAUGAUUCUUGCGAGGAAGCUGUUGCAACGGCGAUCGCCGCAGCUGCUUCGUUGGCAGAGUAGCUUCCCUCAGGCAGCGGUCAAAAACGACGUUGCAUCCAGAGCCGCCGCCGAAUUGGAGCUUCCACCGUUUGACUACGCUCCUCCGCCGUACUCCGGUCCUUCUGGUGACGAAAUACUGGCGAAGCGGAGGGAGUAUCUGAGCCCUUCACUGUUUCAUUUUUACAAGAAUCCCUGGAUGCAUUCGGGGGGAUUGCUACGGUGUGCUGCGGGCACUGUCACCCCGAUGUGGUCGACGCCAUCAUCAACCAAACCAAACGGUUGCAACACUCUACUGUGCUCUACCUUAACCACGCCAUUGCCGAUUUCGCCCAAGCUCUCGCUUCCAAACUCCCCGGUAACCUCAAGGUGGUGUUUUUCACAAAUUCUGGAACUGAAGCAAACGAAUUAGCGAUAAUGAUAGCAAGGUUGUACACUGGGUGCCAUGACAUAAUAUCUUUAAGGAAUGCCUAUCAUGGGAAUGCAGCUGGGACCAUGGGCGCCACUGCACAAAGCAUCUGGAAAUUUAAUGUAGUUCAGAGUGGUGUUCAUCAUGUAGUGAAUCCAGAUCCAUACAGAGGUAUCUUUGGUUCCGACGGAGAAAAAUAUGCAAGAGAUGUCCAAGAUGUCAUUAACUUUGGAACUUCUGGAAAUGUUGCAGCGUUCAUAUCUGAAGCAAUACAGGGAGUUGGGGGUAUUGUGGAAUUGGCUCCUGGUUACUUGCCUGCUGCUUACAGUAUGGUUAAGAAAGCUGGAGGGCUUUGUAUUGCCGAUGAAGUUCAGGCCGGCUUUGCUCGCAUCGGCAGCCAUUUCUGGGGAUUUGAGUCUCAUGGUGUUGUUCCUGACAUAGUCACAAUGGCCAAGGGCAUUGGAAAUGGCAUUCCCCUUGGUGCUGUUGUAACUACUCCAGAGAUUGCCGAGGUCUUGACGCGCCGAUGUUACUUCAACACCUUUGGUGGGAACCCUGUAUGUACUGCUGCAGGGUUGGCAGUUCUGAAAGUAAUAGAGAAAGAGAAGCUUCAACAAAAUGCUCUUCUUGUUGGAUCUUACUUGAAGGAGAGGCUAACUGCACUCAAAGAUAAAUAUGAAUUGAUUGGUGAUGUGAGAGGAAGAGGUCUCAUGCUAGGAGUUGAACUUGUCGCCGAUCGAGAACUUAAAACUCCUGCAAAAGCCGAAACACUACAUGUAAUGGACCAAAUGAAAGAAUUAGGAGUGCUAAUUGGAAAGGGUGGUUACUAUGGAAAUGUCUUCAGAAUCACACCACCUCUCUGUUUCACCAAAGAAGAUGCAGACUUCCUCGCGGACGCAAUGGACUUGACCCUGUCUAGAAUGUAAAGCAUAGCUACGUGGAUUAUGAUAGUGUCAAUAAUAAGUUGCUAUUUCAUCAAGUGGAAAUGUAUUAUAUCAUCUUCAUAGAGAUGAAAUCACAGAUAGCAACUUCAGACCUGCAAUAUGAAGACUAUGAUCUUAGAAAUAUGAAAUAUGUGUAGAUAUAUAAUCACUUAUGUUGUCUCCUCCUAUUAAGUUAAAUUUUUAGGUAAAAUAGUUUUAUGACAUGGAAUCAAAGUAUUAUCUCAUUCUAUAAUUUUAAAUUUUUGAGAAAAGUGAUUUUAUAACAACAA